AUGGAGGGUUUGUGUGGGUGGUGGUGCAUCCUAUUUGUCGUAACAAUCUCUCAAGCUGGUGAAGCACAAGAAAAACCAAUUAACCGGGACGAGUUCGAAGCCCUGUGCAGGUUUAUAAAUCUCGCGGGAGACAGUGAGACACCAACGAAGGUUGAGAAAAAUGUCAAGCGAACAGUGAAGAAAAUUCUAACCGAAAGUGGGGUGGCCGAUAGCAGGAAAAAGGAACUCGAAGAUCUGCAAAAGCAAGCAGAGAAGUAUCGAGAGGAAAACAUGUCAUUUUGGGAAACAGUAGGGAUGGGGGAGAUAAAUAGGAGCUUGACGGACGCACUCUACGGGGAGAACCACAACGCCGUUGUUAAAGCACAAGGGAGUAGAGACCCCAUCUGCGGCGCCAGAGAGGCGGACGCGGGUACGGAGGCAGGAAAGUCACUGGUGAUCGACUUAUUUUGCCUAUGUUCCACAUCGCCAGAACUUCACAACUUUCAGCAGAUUUGCUGCGCCGACUGUCGAGGUGGAGCAAACGACCACCCCUGGAUUCCUUCGGAAGAUGGGAACCAGAGAUGGAAGUUCCUUGCGCAAAAAUGUGGAGAAACUAAUCAAGGUGGAAAGCUCUCAACAGACUCCAUUGAGAAGUCAGCCGAAUUCUUUUUGAAAACAUUGAAAAAUCCCUUAGACUCAAGAGCGGAGGCACGCCGCACAGUGCUAGGAAGCACCAACGGCGAUGUUAGCAUUAAUUGCAACGGUUGGAAAACUUCGGGAAACGGACGGUGCGUCAAAUACGAUCCAAACCACUUAAAUGAUGGGAUCCUGUCAAUACCAUGGUACGUAAAAUUGGCGAAGGCAGCGACCCGAAUGGAUAAAUUAAUGGAAGCUGAAAAAACGUUGCGUGAGAUUCUGGAAAAUGUGGAGAAGUUGGAACGAAAGCAAGUCGCAAUACCACCCAAACCUGCUGACGAGGGUAAUGCCGUCCCGAGCGUCUCAAAAGACGUCGUAGAAAACAACAAUGAAAAUUCCGGCGUAAGUAAUAAUCGUGAGAAAAGAGAAAGCAAAGGUGAACUCAACGAAGAGAAAUCACCAGGGAGUGAAAAGUCGCCGGAGGAAGUCGACUGUGACGGCUGUAAACCCGAAGAAGGGUGUGAGGAGGGAAAAUGUGAAAGCGAAAAUGGGAGACACGACUCUGAAGGCACAAAAAGGCCACCUGUAAAGAGCCAUUCUGCAACAAUAAUCGGUGGUUCGUUGAAGUUUUUCUUGCUUUUGGGAUAA